ACUGGCGCUUCGCAGUGUGACACCGACGACCAGCCAGUGCGCUUGUGGAUGUGUUUGUAUUAUAUAUUUACUAUUAUUAUUAUUAUUGUAUCGUAUAAGAAUCGCGAAUUAGUGCCCUCGGUCCGAGUGAGAGAAAUUAUUAAUAUCGUUAUAUAGACACGGGCUGCGAAGUGUUUGAAAAUAUUAUUAUUUGUAAAAAAAAAAAAAAAAAUACAUCGACGAGUCGCGCAGCGGUAUAACAGCAGCAGCUGCAGCAACAACAACAUCAUCGGAGCUGGGAGACAAGAUCAUCCGCAGCGAGGAACGAGUCACGCAAAAAGAAACAAACAAAAACAGCUGCAUUAGACAUUAUACGUAAACGCCGAACUACGUGCGCUGCGCAUCGUUCAAGUAGAUAAACGAUCGUUUAAAAAAAAAAAAAAUAUCAUCCACCCACCAUCAUCGUGCCAUCGUCAUCAUACACAAAAAAAAAAAAAAACAACAACAACAUAAAAUAAAAAACACCAACAACCAUCCGUCGAUUAUCCAUUACGCCGAUAACAAUAGAAAAUAACUCCAUGAGCGAGUUAUUAUUAUGAACUUUGUCCUGGACACCUAUGGAAUGCUAUUGAACUUGCUUCUCGUUACCGAACAGCAGCAUCAGAAUCCAAUGCCGGACUUCAACGAUACCGCGCUGGAAACGCAGCUGCGUCGAUUUCUCUACCUCGGCAAGGAGGGCCCGGAAUACCAGCCCGGCAACUGGUUCGUGCACAAUUACUUCGUCGCCGAGAAUCUGCCCUCCGUCUACGAGCUCGCCGAGAAUCCGCUCAAGCACGACGUCGUUAUUUCGCUGAUCUUGGAGGCAAAAGAAAACAAACUCGUUCAGAAUCCGGAGACUUUGAUUUUUGCUCUAGCCGUUUGUGCGCAGCAAGACAAGAGCCAGGAACUGAAAAAGAAAGCGUACGAUGCUGUCAAAAAACUCUGCACUACGGCUGAAGAAUUCAUACUGUUUGUCAAGUUCUGUUCGCACAUUAGUAAACAUAAAAUACAACCCAAAAAUGGCUGGGGUCACGGAUGGAGAAGGGCUGUCAAGGAGUGGUAUUUGACCAAAUCACCAAUGACCCUUGCAAAAAUAGUCACCGAAGGUCUGCACAGGUAUGGAUGGGGUCACAAGGAUAUAUUGAAGCUAGCGCAUAUGAAAGUUUCGAAUCCGGACUUGGAAGCUGUUUGUUGUUAUAUUCUAAAAGGCUUCAAAGGUUUGAUGGUGUAUAAAGAAGAGAAAGGUUUAUCUCCAGAAGCUGAAGAAGUAUUCAAGUACAUUGAGUCAAUUGAAGAUUUCAAACACUGCGAGGAUGAGGUUCGAGGAGCAGCUCUAAUUGAAACUUUGAAUCUAAAUUUAAAUCAUGUACCCGGACAUUUUUUGAAAUCAAUGGAGGUUUGGGAUUCGUUGCUUAUUUCUAUGAGUUUGACUACUCUAUUGAAAAAUCUUCAGAGAAUUCACAAUAUGGGAUUUUUAUCCAAGAACAAUGCUUUAACAAACAAAGUUUUAGAUAUUUUGUGUAAGAAAAAUGUAGAAGAAGAAAAAAUCCAUCCUGCUCAACUCUAUAUUGCUCUAAAAAAUUACGAAAAUUCGGGAAAGCCACUUACUUUCGAAAAGCGAAAAAUUAGGGAACAAGCAAAGCGACCAAUACCACCACCUCCUGAACCUAAUAAAAUGAUCGUAGAAAAGCUCAAAUCAUUGUUCAACUUUUCAUUUGAGUGUCUUGAGGCAACCAACGUCAAUUACAUGAUAACGAUCAGUACAAACAAGAACAUGGAAAACAGUUGUUGGAAAUCUGGACACAUUAAAGCCAUUGAGGCCGCUCAAAUUAUAGCCCUUAGCAUCCUGAAGACGGAAAAAAUUGUGACUCUAGCCAGAUUUGAAAAGGAAGGCAUAACGUUGGUCGAAACCGAUGGGCAAGUUUCCAUGGCGCAAUUGAAGCGAAAACUCGAAACAUCAUAUGCUGACAUUUUUGACGCGAACAAACCCAUGACUUUGGCAGCAGAUUCAAAAAAAGUCGUCGACGUUUUCAUCAAUAUAGUUGAUCAAAUUCAUCCAAAAGCUGAAACUUCGGAAGAGGGUAUUAGAAAUUAUAGGGCCAAAAGCAAUCUACCCAAUGCCAAGUUGAUAAAUGUUACGUUGUGUGCUACAGCUUCAAACAAACCUGAUUUUUGCGAUAAAAAUUGUUUGACGAUAUGCGGAUUUGAUGGAGCUGUUCCAAGAGUCAUCGAAGCUUUUGCUAGAUCAUACUUUUAAAAUAGUAAACUCCUUCAUACGUAAAUAUCGAAGAUGAAGAACCAGAUAAUAUUUUAAUGGUUUAGCAUUGGUAAAAGUUCUUUUCAAAAGAGAUAAUCUCGAAAUUGCUAUUUUAAAUAGCAAAUUGUUGAAAUUUUUUUACAAAUUCCGAACAGCUGUUCACAAAUUCACCUGUUAUCAAGUAUUAAGUUGAAUUUUUAAACUAGUUUUAUGCAAGAAAUUCUCUCGCUCGAAAUUCAAACGCCAUUGAAGACAUUUCUACACGCUUCAUUUUUUGGCAAAACUUUUUCAUUCAAGUACGAUUCAAAUAAUCGUACCAAUCGAUAAUUAGAAUGUAAUUCUCUCUAUCGAGUCACUGAUAAAUGUAUUGGAAAAGUAUCAUUAUUACCUAAAACUGCAUUUUAGACUAAUUUCGAAGAUACAAUCUCGCAUCGUACUUUAACAAUUAAAAUUGUCUUAAAAUUGUUGCGUGGGCUCGAUCUAUAACUAUUAAUAAAAUGAUAACUUUCACGCUGAGCUUUAUUAAGUAAAAAAUUGUAACUAGAAUCUGAACGAGUAUUCUUAACGUUUCUAUAUUAUAAACGUUUCGCUCGAUAAAACAUGAUACAAUCACACACACUGAUACGCGUCGAUGUGUGAAAAGAAACAAAGUCGCGCACGGGUUUUUCCUAGAACAAUUUAAUAAUUAUUUGAUCGAAUGUUUUUUGCUAGAUUGAUAUGUUUUAAUUGACUGAAAGUCAAUCGAUUUAUUUUUUAUUAAUUAAAUUGUCUUACAAAACGUGUAAAUACCGUUUACAGAUAUUUUUAUCGAAUUUAGGAGCGCCGAAGAUUAUUUUUAAUCAUAUAGUUUUUUCAAGAAGAAAAAAAUCGAACUACUUUUGUACUUCGCAGUUAUAGUAUAAUGUGUUUAUGAAUCAAAAUGUACAAUUUUUAUUUGCUAUUUCAUUAUAAAAUAUAAAACUUAGAAAAAAAAACCAGAAAAAACUCGUUCACGCAACAGAGGUAAUUUUUUAGUGUUUAAUCUAGAUUAUUUAAUACAGAUAUAAACUAUUUUAGUGCAUAUCGGAAGUAAUGUAUGGUGCAUUUCUCAGCUGUAAUGAAACAUAAUGUGAGACGAAGUGAAAAAAGUUAACUCAUGGUUUAUUUGACACUAGCUCAUUUGUUUGUCCAAAACGCUGCCAAUAAUUAUAUUUAAAAAGAAAAAGAAAAUUAAUAUGUAUCAUAGUAACAGAAACGCUUAUUGCAAUAGCAAAAAACAAAAAUUAAGCUCGAAUAUUCUGUAAUUUUUACUAGAUGAAAAACGGAUUUAAAAGCUGAAUAUUUAUAUUAAGAAAACACAUUUAUUGUAUAAAAUGGACUGACGCGCCUCUGCUAAUAUAUAUAGAAAAAAAUAACACGGAUAAAAAUAAAACACGAGGAAAUAGAACAUUUUUCGAUGACUUAUAUAGGAUUAAUAAAAGAAUACUAUGAAUGUGUAAAAAAGGUUACAAAUGAAGAGGCAAAGCAAAAAAUUGUUUCCCACUGUGAUAUGCAUUUAGCCCCAAAGAAUGUGUACUGACGUACAUUAGAUAUAAUUUUACUAUUUAUCUCUUCGUAUUUGCCAUAUCCGAAGCGAAAGAAAACGUUUAAUAAGCAAAAAAAAUUAUGAAUGGAAACUAAUCGCGCUACCGAUACAUAAUACUGUGAUACACCAAAAUAAAUUGUUUAUAUUGUUCGAAGUAGUAAAACGAAACAAAAAUAAAAACAGGUGGCUACGUUAUAUAAUUAAAUUUAAAAAAAAAGAAGAAGAAAAUAAUAGCUAGAGGCGCUUACGAUGACGUCAGUCCAAUCACAAUUUGUUGAUUAAAUAACGUUAAAAAUAUUUCGUACAUGCACGAAUUUUGUUGGCGAAUACAAAAUAAUAUGAUGAUGGAAAAAGAAACGCAAGACUCGAAAGAAUUGAUUAUUUGGUAUGUUAUUAAUGUUCAGUGUGUUGAAUAAUUUUUGCGAGCGAUAAAAUUUAUACAUGAAUAAUGCGAAUGCGAAAAUAUAUAGGCAUAAUUUUUUCACUCCACUGGCGAAACUCGAUGGUCGAUCUAAACGUCAAACGCGAUAUUGUAUUAUAGUAGAAAAAGGCUAAGCUUUCAUUGCUUCUAUGAAGUUCUUAUGAUGAAUAUUUUGUGAUUGCAUCGAAAAAAAAGUGUCUUUGCAAGUUAUAUAGAUUACGAAAAAAAAGGCAAAAUCCGUCACGUUGGGUUUUAUUUCUGCAUUCGAAUGCUUUUCAAGGGGCAUUUCGUUUGGCCGUUUUGAAUUUUGUAUUAUAUAAAUAGAUGUAUUUAAAGUACGGUAAAAACUCAGCAAUACGCGCUAAAUAAAAUAGCACGAACUUUUUUUAAAAAUCUAAUUCUGAGACGCUUAACUCUCCUUGUGUCAGUAGGAAAAGAAACAAACGAAAGAAAUCAAACGAUGAUUUUUUUUAUCCAUAAUGGCUGUGCCCUGCUAACAAAAAGUCUGUCCUAUAUGAGAAGAAAAACAAAAAAAUUUUAUGAUAAACAUGUUAUAUUUAUAAAAGUGUACGAUAGCAUUGAUAAUUAUUACAGCACUCGUUGCAAGUUUGUUAUAUUCUCUCCUUUUGUACAAUGUAAGAAACGAUAAAAUAAUUCGACGUUUAGAAUCGACGUCGAGACUUUCGACGCUCAUAUGAAUCCUCGAGACAAUGUUGGCCACGAAUCAGUCUAGUUCAAUUUUGUUUGCUCUCUGAUUAUACACAUAAGUAUACAAUUAUAUAGGAUAUUUAUAUGCAUUCGUACUGCUAUCCUAAGCAAGUUGAAAAAAAAUCAGUUUUCACAGUGAAGAAACACAAGUCCACGACAUCUUCUCUUUUUCUCUUGUCUCCUAAAACUUUUUCUCUCUCACGCGAAAAUAAACAAACGUUUACACGGUACACACAGCAGGCGUAAAAUGUACGACUUAUAUUAAUAUAUAAUAAGCAGCAUAUAAAUAAUAUAAUAUCAAUACCGAUAAGUUGUUCUAUAUAUACUCGCGCUAUUUCGACCAAUUACGAUAUCGUAUACAAAAAGUACGUGUGAUCAGUAUGGCUUUGGUCUCCGACUUGAAAUGUAAUAAUAAUAAAUAAUAAUAAUAAUCAUAAUGAUUGCGUUCGACUAUUAGAAAAAAAAAA